ACGUUGCCGUGGGAGCCGCAGACGCCAGUCAUGGAUGAGCAACCUAAUAAUGUUAAAUUCCUAACGUGACGGAAAAGCGCCUCAGCCAAUCAGAGCAAGGGGUUGGUAAAUUAGAACCUAAUCAGAGCUGUCAGGGGGCGGGGCUUGGCCAAUCAAGACGAGGAAAGGUAACUGUUUCCAAAAGAGUGUCAGAUCAACGCGGCUGCUAGCGCGUGUGCGGCGCGUCUACGCUGACUGAACUUUACGUGCAAGGACGAGCUCGCGUGAAGGUUACAAGAGGAGAGCUUCCAGCAGGUUUUGUGUCUUCAAAGGGAUAUUUUUUCUCCUCACUGAAGCUGACUCAGACGGAGGUUUUCCUGGGCCACCAGCCGAGGAUGCAAAUGAAAAGAGGAGGCAUAAAGUAAAGAAGACCAAACCAAACAACCUAAAAUUACCCCAGCCUCAGUUUUCUCUCUGCAAUGAACCUCCUCUUCCUAACUGGAUGAAAUGCCUUGACCCUCACCCACCGCACCAUGGCAGGUUUAGUCUCCUCUGUGGGUUUGGUGGUGAUGCUCAAGGUUCUCGUUCAACGAAUGCUGUUUCUGGGGAUAACAGUGCUGGUAACUGUGAUCGCAUCUGACUCACCUGCUGCAGAUGGCUACCAAUUGGAUUCACACUCUACCCCCAUGGGAUUCCUGGGAAACAACACAAGUCCAGCAAGAUCUUCACCGUCAGCCUUACUGGAGUUACAUCAGGCUGCCUUUCAGAAACCAGAGUCAACUGUUUCACUGCUGUCAACUUCUGAGCCAAUCCAAACUUCUUCUCCAUCUCCGGAAAGUUCCAGGCAGCUACACCAGGCAUCUACAUCCAUAACAACCGCAAGUCUUUCUGCUUUUACAGGAUCAACACCACAUCAAGGUCCUCAUUAUGAAGGAAAAGUGACUUCCAGCCCGUCUCAGAAGGGGACAUUAGAGCAGAUGCAAUCAAACACGACACCAACACCUGGCCAGACUUUCUCUGAGACUUUAACAAGCAAUUAUCUUAGUCCAAUCGUGAAUUCAAGCCAGCUGAGCCCAAACCCAGAUGAGAUCAUGUCACCUGGUUACCUCGUGCCUUCCAUCACCCCCCACUCCACCCUGUCUUUACCUGAACCUGCUGAGGUGCCUUCAGACGACUUCUACCCCACCAACACCAUGGAUGUGGACUGGGGGUCUGGAGACUAUUUGGAAACGAUUUCUUACUUGGAUCAAGAUAGGGACGACACCUCUCUGGUCACGAAGGUUCCCUCUGACCCUUAUGAUCUGGAGGAAAACACAGAAACCUACGACACAUCGUUUCCUUCCAGAGUGGGCAUAUCCCCCUCAUCACUGCACCCUGUUUAUCUCUCUCCGUCUUCCAGUUUCAUGACCGCACACAACACUAUCGUUCCUCAUACAUCCAUACAUCCUUCUUCAUUUUCUGCAACAGCUCACCUUAUACUCCCGACGCCUCACACGGAUACAUCUAGCACAUCAGAUGUAGACUGGGGAGACACUUUUACAAUCCAGCCAACAGAUGUCCUCUUACCAGACAUGAACAGCUUAGAGUAUUACACCACUCAGCUGACCAAGGAGAGCAACGUCUCAGCAGAACAUAAGACGAAUAUAACCAGAGUUGCCAUCAACGCUACAAAUAUCACUCCCACUAGCGGCUUCACCAGUAAUCUAACUGACGAGGAGUCCUCCGGGGAUCUGUCGGGGUUUGAGCCUCCCGAUGAAUCGACCACGGUAGGUCCAACUGAGGAGAACCUUCAACUGAUCAAUGCCACUAAGCCGCUUCGUGAUCCUUCCUUAAUCCCGACUCAUUUCCUCAAUCCGUCUUCUUCGAUAUGGAAUGACCAGUUGUCUACCACGGGUUGGUCCGUGCAUACACGGACUGAGGAUGUGGACACUGCAAUAACAGAUUCUUUGCAGCCUGGUGCGACACCUCUGCUUCCAGAAGAUUUGGCGACUUCCUCCUCUCUGACAGAUGUGCAUUGGUUUGUCACAGAUUCGUUUGACGAUGAGUCUGUACACUUUACUACUGUCGUAACUGAAACUACAGCCUUCUCCAGUGUUCCUACUGAACCUGCUGCCAGUGACCCUGCUGUAACUGAAGAGCCUUUCAAUAAUGCUUCAGCUUCAACCAAUUCCACAACCCCUAGUGUCACCCCAGUUUCCCCUGUCAUGUUGGGUGAUCAGGGCAUAACUGGUGAUGGAGCUGACAUCUCCACCACAAUGGCCUUGAUCCCAGAAAGCAGUGAUGUUAAUACAGUCUCUGCCUUACCCACAAGUCAACCUGGCACAACCAAUGCUCAUCACACCACCACUGAGACCUCUACAGUCAACAGCGUUAUUACAACUAUGGCUGAUAAGACGACAAUGCCCAGGCCGUACCUCUGCAACGUGGAAAGGCCUGCUUAUCUAACAAGGAUGGGUUUUCCCCCUGGGGUCACUGUUGGUCAUGCCAAAUCUCAAGUUCGAGACGUACUGAAAAGGGAAUUCAACAAGUCAGUGGAACUGCAGGUCGUGAAUCCCCCUCCAAGCUUCGAGUUCCGUGUGGUUUCGGGCCCAAUUGUGUACACGGCCAUAUCUGUCAUUAAUGCACUGCUGCGAUAUGAGAGGAACUUCCUGAAUGUGACUCCUAACUGGGUGAUACCAGACAGUAAAUAUCAGGUCCAAACAGUGCUGCAGUUUGUUCCCGGUUACAUCGACGUUCGCUUCUGCAACUUCAGCGAGAGCUUGGAGAAAGGUUUGACCCUGGCUUUUGCAGAAGUUCGGCGUCGCUCAGGAGAAUCAACCAACUUCACGGUGCAUAUAAUAGACAUUACUACAGCUGUGCCCAAAUAUGAGAACCGGCAGCUGAUAAGGCAACCAGUGGACAUCAUCUUCACUAUUAGUGGCUCAAGGGGCUUCCUGACGGGGUCAGAGGUCAGCGAUGCUCUGUUAAAACUCACAGUGGUGGAAUUCAGCUACUACAUUGGCUUCCCUGUCCUGCAGAUUGCUGAACCUUUACAUUAUCCAGAGCUCAACACCAGCUCUUUGCUUCGCUCCUCCUGGGUUCGAACAGUACUUCUGGGCGUUCUGGAGCAGAAACAGAGCGAAAGAACCUUUCAGGCCAACAUAGAGCGCCAAGUGGCCCUGUUACUUGCAGAGGCAAUGGGACAAACGAGACGGGUUAAAAGAGCCACGACUGUUGGCAACAACAGCGUCCAGAUUGUGAACAUGAGUCGCCUGGAGGCUGCUGACCACCCUUUAGAGAUCAUGUAUUUUGUUGAGGGUCCGAAUGGUGAGAGGGUGCCAGCGGUCCAAACGGCCGACCUGCUCAACAGGCUGGAUCUGCAAAGAGCUGCCAUCAUCCUGGGAUUUCGUGUGCAGGGUGUCUUGGCUCAGCCUGUAGAGAAGGUGGAGAACAACAACAACAACAUGUGGAUCAUCGUUGGGGCGGUUAUGCUCCUUUUCGUGGUUCUCGUCGUCAUCUCCGUCCUCUACUGGAAGCUGUGUCGGACAGAUAAGCUGGAGUUUCAGCCAGAUGCCAUGUCUGCCAUACAGCAAAGACAGAAGUCCAAUACGUCAUUCGGUGAAUCCAGAGCUCCUCUUCACCAACCACUCCCUCCAACUAAAGGGGGUAUUGAGUUUAGUGAGGAUGAAGAGGGAGAGUAUGAGGAGGAGGAAGAGGAAGAAGAGGAGGAGGAGGUUAAAAAGGGGAAGAAGUCUGAGGUUCUCCCCAAGAGUAGAAGGAUGAAUAAGGAUGAAGAGGAAGAAGAGGAGGAGGAAGAGGAAGAAGAGGAGGAGGAGGAAGAAGAAGAAGAGGAGGAGGAGGAAGAAGAGGAGGAGGAGGAGGAAGAAGAAGAGGAGGAGGAAGAAGAAAAAGAGGACAAAUAUAGAAAAUUUGAAAAGAAAGAAAUUCCCUCUCAAGAGCAAAAGCGACAACAGAUGAAAGCGAUCCAGAACAAAGCAGGGAGGAUGAAGACUACGGAGGAAGUUUUGUCUAAAGGGAGACGAGCCAAAGAGGAGUUACAGGCUCCCAGUGUGAAGGGAUUUGACUUUGCUAAGCUCCAUCUUGGCCAGCACAACAAAGAUGACGUCAUGGUGAUCCAGGAGCCUGUCCCAAUGGGGUCUGGCUCCGGCCCCCUCCCUGUGUCUGCUAAAGAUGGCAUCGCUCCAUCUGAAAACGGCGAUGCUCCCACGACCAAAUCUAGAACAUCAGCCUCCUCCACCAAGGCGUCCCGCAGCAGUCGAAGGCGAGAGAGGAUCUCCCCAUCAGAUGGCGACUCAGUGGUGAGUGACCGUUCUAGUGAGCGCGAAUCGACCGAGGAGAACCUGAGAGCCCACGCCACGCCCAGCGACAGCAAGCACACCCGUAAGGCCCCCAUCAAUGUUUUAAACGGCAAGAAUAGAAUUGGUCCUCCACCUGCUGGUGGCGCAGCACUCGAGCCGCCGACGGCAGCUGCCAUCUUUGAGCACGUUGAUCGGAUGUCUCGCCCUACAGAUGCCAGCCGUAGACUUCCUAAUAAAAUCCAGCUAAUUGCCAUGCAGCCCAUGCCUGUUCCACCUCUGCAGGGUCCAGCCGCCAACGGAAAACUGUCCGACACAAACCAAGUGAACAAAGAGAUCCAGGCAGCACUGAGACACAAGUCAGAGAUUGAGCACCAUCGUAAUAAGAUCCGUCUGCGUGCCAAAAGGAAGGGCCAUUAUGAUUUCCCUGCAAUGGACGACAUGAUUAGUGGCCUCGGCGAUGCAAAGGACCAGGAUCACAUUUAUCAAAAAGCACAGAAUCAAAUCAACAGGAUUCUGGACGCAGACUCCCAGGUUCCCCCCGUCUUCAUGGAAUUCAAGAAAAGUGGUCGUGGGAGGCGCUCUCCAAAACAGAAACGGAGGGAUCAAAUGAAUGGAGGCAUGAUGGAGGCAGACAAAGACCAUCUGAUCACUGAAGACAGCGACGCGGCGUGCAGAAAGUGUCCUGGAGUCAACAAUGUGGCCUACGUGUCGGACCCUGACCAAGGCCCAGGAUCCCCUCAGAGGAGCCCCUCCCCCACAGACGAUGUCUUCCUAGGUCCUGCUUCCUCUCCCCCAGGCCAUGCCCCUCCCCCACCCCCCUACAUGCCGCCACAGCCCUCCAUUGAAGAGGCGCGGCAGCAGAUGCACUCCCUGUUGGAUGACGCUUUUGCCCUCGUGUCACCGACCUCUCAGAGCAGCGCUGCAGGGAUCACUCUACCAGGGGUCAACAGCAACGUCCAGGGCUCCAGCCCUCCAGAUCAUGGCCGCAGAGCUUGGGGGCCCUCCUACCAAGCUCUUGGUCCUCCUCCAGCUGUAUCUCGAUUUUCUGAUUUGGGCAUGUCCUCUGCUACUGGUCUGACUCCCAGACAGGACCUUGGCUUGAGCCUCCUGCCACCAGCAGAAUCAGCAGGCCGCGGUGAGUCGCUCCAACCAGACAGCUUGUACUCCAGCAGAGGCUUGCACACCGACGACGUGCCCUCUUCUGCUAGACCGCGUCCAGUCGGGGGUACUACAGGUGCCCAGCUCCAUCAUCUCACACAAGUAGGCUUGUCCAGCCGGAUGAACGGUUACCCAGCAGGAAUCAGGACGGCUCCGGGCCAGAAUGGAGGCUUGGGCUGGAAUCACUACCAUGAUAACAAUUUCUCCAGGAUAGAGGCAGAAAAAGAUGCUAUGCACAGGAGUGGAACCAGGGAGCCCACAGCCCCUCCUUCCCACUUAGACGCAGCAGGCGUGGCCUAUCUGACAGCUCCACAGCCCCUCGGCACGCCUCCUCCCACGCAAUCCUCCGCAUCUCUGAUCAAGGCCAUCAGAGAGGAGCUGCUGCGUCUGUCCCAGAAACAGGCGGCGGUUUCCAGCUACCACAGCUGAAUAUGUAAAAGUCGCGUCCGAUCUGUUCCCUGAACUUGACAAUGCUUCCCAUGGAAGCUCCAGAUGCUGUACAGCAGAGAAUUUGUCCUGCUUUACUGAACUGAAGACGUGGGACGUUUGUGAGACUUCUACUAGGGGGAUGUGUUAGGAUAUGUGGACUAUCCCCUGGAGGGUGGGACAAAUCCACGGUUUUGCCACUGUAGAUGUUGAACGUUUUAGAUUUCCACUGUAUUACUGCAGACUCGGUAUUCUGUGUCAUGUCUGUAUUCCUAAAUUGCCUUCAUGAACAGAAGCACCCUCGUGUCAUGUUUUAAGGAGUUUUUAUUAGUUCAUCCCUCAAAUCACCGUGGAUGGAUUUCUAUAAUUCCUCCUCAACUUCCUCCUUCUGUUUUCUGCCGUUGACACGGUGACGUAGUUCACCGAAACACACAGGCAGACUAACAACCUGUGAGUUCUGGAGAGUCCCAGAACAGCCUGUGUGCUCAGGGCCGUUGUCGGCACUCCCCAAUUCCCGCUAAUGCACAUGGCCGGAUAGAUGGAGAUAUUCCAUAUUCCAGGGCUAAAUUAUAAUCCCAGUCCACUCCUGCAGAAACGUGUCUACUGAUUGAGCCUAAAGUACCGUUGCAGUUCCCAAUCAGCAAAAUGGUUCAGUUAGCUGUGUCAUUAAAGAGCAAGUCACCCCCUACCAGAGUAUUACUCCACUCCCACUUCCUGUUUGAAAAAUGCACCAAAUGCAGUUGCCUAGCAGACCGAAAGGGCGGAGCUGCUAACAAAUACACACUAACAGGCUCACAACGACAUUGUGACAUCAUAUGGUACUAGCUAACAUCCUAGGGUACCUCUUAGCCAAUAGCGAUGGCAGAUUUAAAUUCAAAUGCAGUGCAGAGUUUUUACCUACACUUUUACAACACUAACAGAUUAGGCAGAAAAUUAAAAAUUUUUUACUAAAAAGCACUAAAGUGCUAAACUAUUCACUGCACACACAUGCAUGUCUGCAGCAUGAAUAGACACGCAUUUAUAUCAAUCAGAUUUUAUUUAUAAAGCGCUUUUCAAGCAAAGUGCUUUACAAAACGACCCGAAAUUCCCAUAACAGUUUAAAACAUUAACAGACAUAUGCAAACACACACACACACACACACACAUCAGUAAAAAUGUAUAUUUAGUUUAUCAGAAAAAAAAAGUUGAUGUGUGGGUGACUUGAUCUUUAAUGUAUGUUUUGUAGCUGAUUGGCAAGUUCCCACACGGGACAGAAAUGGCCUUUAAGCAUGAUUAUAAGGUGACAGCGUGUGCUGCGUGUGUUCUGAGUUGGAACUGGAUCCACGCUAUAGACUACUUGCUACAGCUGAUGUCUUUCAGAAAGAUUACAGUAAAAGGACUCUUAGGUGUCAUGCAGUAAAGCGUUAAUUGGGGAAAGUGAUGAACUUCUGUUUCUGUUGCCACGUCUUUUACGAGCAGUACUUCAAAACGUGUUCUGCCUUUUUAAAAAGGGAACGUUCUCCACCAUCUGAACGCAUCACAUGUCCUUUUUGUGCUUUUCAAACUGCUGCUAAUUUCUUUUUUUGUUUGUUCUGUUUUUGGGGGGUACGUGGCAUUUCUCUGAUGUGAAGUUACGUGACGCGUUUGGACCUGAAGUAUUAAUUUAUUUAAGUGAAAUAAAAUGAUAAAAUAUGGAUUUUAAAAGCAAGCGUUACGUAUGUUUCUGGAGAGCGUGCUGCUGUCCCGGUAUGGAUUAUAAAUGUUUGGCCGUGAUCUCUGUGAUGUGCCUUUUGAACUGGCCCGAAUCAGUAAAUCGCAACGCAACAUGCAGCUAAAACACUUGAACUCUACUAGAAAACAGACCAAAUGUUAAACCAGUUUGUCUGUGGACACUUGAAAGCAUCGCUGUAAAUAAUGAAUGAAAUGCAAUGAUGUCACAGUGACUCAAGCUGUUGUCUGUCCAUGUUCACGUUACCAACCUCGGGCUCAGCGUCCCCAUCUGCUGGCUCUGUACUAUAACUACACAUUUUCUUUUCUACACUGUAAAUGAUCAGCUGGCUGGCCCAACUUGUCAUCUGUCUCUUGUUCCAUGUUUGAUUUUUGCUUUUUCACUGGUUUGUUUCUGUGCAUGCUGUUUCAAAACAUCUUGAAAUACAAAAGAAGAAACUUA